AUGGCGGAGCAGGUGGAGCGAUUUGCCGGCUUGAAGGCCGUUGAGAGCAUGGGGCUUACUGCUGACGAGCUGAGCUUCUAUUUCGCUGCAGUCGGCGUGGCCAAGAAGUCCGCCAAGCCCAGCCUGACUCAGCUACGCCAGCUGCAUCGGGCGCAUAUCCUGGCCUUUCCCUUUUGCAACUUGAGUUGUUUUGCGGGCAAUGGGGGCCGGAUCGAUGCCCAGGCGCUCUUGCCUCGCUUUGCAAUGGGCUAUGGUGGCUAUUGCUUUGAACACAAUCGGCUGUUUGCCGCAGUGCUCACCACACUAGGAUACGAAUUUGAAGCGCGGGAUGCACGCAUGUGGCUUGACGAUGGCGAGCACCUUCGCAAGCCGUACGUGCCAACACGAGGCCACAUGCUGCUGCUUGUCCGCGUUCCUGAUGCACCACCCAAGGACGUUUACCUGUGCGAUCUCGGCUUUCUGCGCCAGGCCCCCUUGGAACCGCUUCUGUUGCAAACUGAAGAGCCUCAGCGUAGCGGGCGCGUCUUGACGCGCUUGGACCGUACCGUCGUGCAGGCGCCGCUAAGUGCGAGAGAGGAGUAUACGCUGUGGUAUCAGCCCCCUUCAACGGGCAUGUGGCGCCGUGCAUACAGCUUCGACCGCACAGCAGCCUUUGAUUGGACCGACGUCGUCCCCAUCAACAUGUUCGUGCAAGAGCACAGCGAGAGUAUAUUCGCAGAUCACCUGGUAUUGGAGCGCCAAAUCAAUGAAGCACUGCAUGUGCGCUUACUGAUGCUCGAGCUGACGGAGACGCGCGUGGUGUGGGGCCCAGAUCCCAACGACGUCAAGCUUGAAACUCGUGUGUCAACACUGGCAAGCCCAGAUGCCUUGCGCACGGCCCUGGCUCGCUGCUUCAACAUCCACCUUCCACCCAAUGUGUGUGCCCUCUUGUUCGACUUGGAGCACAGCACGAGCUGGUCGCAGAAGCAACGGUUGCGUCAGCGACUCCGCGCAGUUUGGCACUUUCCCUUGCCCAGUCACGCUGCAUGA